CCUCUAAUAAUAAUACGUAAUAAAUAAAUACAAAAGAACAUUAUUUAAAUAAACAUCGGAAAAGGGUCAAAUAAAUGAUGAAAUUAAAGUCUCCAAAGAAGAGUAAUGUUCUGAGAAAAUAAAAAUUGAUUGUGUUCGUUCUAGUAUUUCUGAUCCCAUUGUUUUUUUCCAGUACAAAUUAGAAUUGAUUGUUUUGUUUUGUCAAGGAGAUGUACUUCUUAGAGUAUAAAAGGAUUUGUGAACCCAAAAUAUAUUUCAGUUUAUUUCUUACACUACCUACAAUAAAAGUUGUAAUCGUACAACUGUAAUAGUCUUUUACAAUUAAAAUUUUUAAAAUUCACUCAAAAUAAAUAGAAUACAAAAUGUGCUUAGUGUUCUCUAUAUGGUUCAUCGCGGGUUUAUUUUUAAUGACUAAUGCAAACAUAUUUAAUGGUAAGUAUUAAAAAUGAUUUUAUUUGAUUAAUUAUUAUUGAAAAAUUAAAAAAAAAAAAAAAUAAAAUACAUUUUUCUUUUGGUUAAAAUUGUUCUAUUUAUAAGAAAUGUGUCAUAUUAUUUAGCAUAUGCAAUUUUUUCGUAAAUAAAAUUAACAAUAUCAGUUUAUAUUAUUUUUGAAAAAUAUUUGAUGUGACUUUAUUACUAAAGACCGAAUUUUUGUAUAGCUAACACUUAAAAAUAUGCAAUUAAAAUUCUGAAGUGUACAUAAUCGUGUUAAAACAUUUUUUCAUUAGUAAUUAAUAAUUAUAUAACUAAUUUUUUAUUAUAGGUACUUCAAAUUUUUCUUUUAUAAUAUUAUAACAUAUUAGUAGGUAUUUAAAAUAUUAUUUGAAUACAAUUUAACUAUUAGACACCUAUUAUAUUAAAAUAUAAAAUUUAAAUUGCUCUGCAAUAUUUGAUUAAAAUGUAUUACCAUGCACAUCUCUAAGUUCUUUUCUGUAAAAUUAUGUCUUCUGUCACUUAAUAUGUGUUUUAAUUGUGAAAACACACAUUCUACAUUGGCACUUGUUAUCGGGCAUUGUUUGUAUUAUAUUAUAUCGAUAAAAUAUGUCUAUAAUUAUUAUAUUAUUAGAUAUAAAAGUCCAAUACUUUAUACAACAACAUAAUAUAGCAAUAAUAAAGUUACAUAUAUUACAAAAUAAUAUCUGUUAAUAACAUAUGUUAAAAUAGAUUAUGUAGUAUAAAAGUACUGAUUAGUACAUUUUUUAUAAAAUAACCUGAAAAGUGCAAUUUUGUGCAAAAUAAAUCUUUCUUUUAAUUAAUCCACAUCUCUUGAAUUGGAUUUGUAGCUUGUUUCUAUAGGAUUAAGACCACGCUAUAAAAAGAUGCAAUUGUACAAGAAUUCAGUCUUUAGUUAUUACCCUAAUAUUUAAUAGGUUUCAUGCAUUUAUGUUCCAAACAUGCAUAUUGUAAAAUAUUAUUUAUAUAUAAAAAAUAUAGCAAUUCAAGAAAAUAUUAUUUAGUAGUUGAAUGAUAAUUAUUCUAAAACGUGUACAAUAAAAUAACGAUAAAUAUUAAAUAUGAUGUAUAAAAAUUUUAAUCUUGGGUUGAAACACGUCAGUAUUUUUUAUAUUAUAGGAUAGGAAACAUUAAAUACUACAAAUGACAUUUGAUUGGCAAAUAUCUUAUAAAUAUAUUACUUUAAAUUUGUAAUUCAGUCAACAUUUUUAUAACUUCAGAAGUUAUAUAUGUACUGGUUUGUUAAUGCUCUGUGUGGCAGUCUAAAAAAUGUAUUGCCUCGCUACUAACGUUUGUUAUAACCCCGCCCGUAUUAUUGAUUUAUAAUAGUAAUAGAAUGGAAUAUAAAAUCAAAUAAGCUAUUAUUUACUCAUGAAGUACAGGAAAAAAACGGUACUAUACAGGUACACAAUUUAGUUUUAUCAUACAAUUUUAUUGAUAAAAAUGACUUGGAACUGAUAAUGGUUAAAUGCAAUUUUGAAGUACACUUCUAUCUAUUGAUUUUUAAAAAUUAAUUCUUAAGAUUUAUUCAAAUAAAUACUAAAUGAAAAUACUGAUAUUCAAUUUUUGCAGUUCAAAAAUAUUAUUCAAACUUGAACUCAUAUAAACUUUCAUGAAAUAAUUUUAACACGAGUGGCAGGGUGAUACAUUUUUUAGACAGCUGUGCGAGGCGAUAAACCAGUACCGUUUCAUAAUAUAUACAAUAUUUAAAAAACAACAACUGCUUAACUUUAAGCUCAUUAUUAUAUAAUGUUGUUAUUAUUAUAUUGUUUAUCUAUGAUAAAUGAAUUACUAUAAAAAAUAUCAUAACAAUGGAUAUAACUUUAUACAAUAUUAGAACCACAAUUACCUACUAGUAUACUACCAAUGAUUUGAUUUGUUUAUUCUAUAAAAAAAAAAAUAUAUUGUUCGAUAUAUCUAAUGUUAACACUGCUAUGGGGCGCCGUAACAACACUAAUAAUAUUGAAUAAUUUAGUAAAUGGGUAUUUGGAUUUAAAACAGUCUGAUUAAAAAACAAUAAUACAAUGUUGUAUUUUAUAAUAAGAAUAUUAUUGAACAUUAAUAGUAAAAUAAAUUGACUGUAUCAAGCUAGGUAGGUAAAUGAACACGGAGUACAGACUAGUUAUUUAACAUAUUUUUAUUAUAUUGAAAAUGCCUUUACUCCUUAAUAACAUUAUACCGCGUUUGCUGCAGUCUAGCUCAAAUAUGACUACUAAAAUAACAUAAAUACUUAAAAACCAAAAUGUAGUUAUAGUUGACCAGAGCUGGAUUUUUGGAGCAUUUGAUUGAAUCUGUGCGCGAUGACGACCGAAGUAUCAAAAAAUCUUUUAACGCAAUUUGUAAGGCAUACUUCAGUUUUUCCUCCGAGUUUGGAUGAAGGUUUAUCUACACACUUUUCCCAACAUAUUUCACUGAUUUCUUGUAUCUGAAAAUGUAACGAAAUAGUUGGAAGAGUAAUUAAAGUUUUUCAAGCAAUAUUAUUUUACUUGAGCAUUUAAUUGGGCUUUUUGCUGUUCCACCAUUAUAACUUUCUGUAUUUCUUCGGCUUUAAGUUUAUCCAAAUUCCCAGACCCGGAUAAGUCAAAAUUAUCGUUGUUAUUUCCAAAUAAAUCUGCCAUUGUUGAAUCGUUUUAUAAUAUUUUACUAAAAAUACGUAUAUUUAAUAAUAAUAAUAAUAAAACAAGUAAAAUAAAGUUGUAUAUUCACGUGCAAAUAAUAUGAGAUUAAUAAUUUCUGUCUGAUAAAAAACCGGCCUUUAUCACUAUGCAGUGAAUUGAGAUACACUACUGCCAACAGCUAAAAAAAAAGGAGGUAAAUUAAAAAAUUUAAAAUAUUAAAAUAACCGAUAAUAUUAUUGAACAUUAGCACAUUUCGAUGACGUAAUCUUUCAUAAUACAAUAUUUUAUGAAUUUUUAAAAUGUACAAAAGGAAUUCAUGUACGACGUUUACAGUAAAUAUGACUUUUUUGUUUUUGAUACGUGCUUUAGAGUGGAUUGCAUACGCGUUGUGUAGCGACAGAAUCAUUAUGGAACACUUACAAGUCUGUAAAUAAAACUAAUAUUGGCUGUCGUUAGAACGUUUUGUAGUAUUUACAGACCCGUAAAUUAACACAACUGAGACCAGUAACUUACGGCACCGAUUUCGUAUUUGUAACCAGUGUUUUGUUGUCGAAAUUUUUGAUAGGCACCUAGGUAUAGUGUUUUUUUUUUUUCAAAUUCGUGUAUUGCAAAUCGUUAAAAUCGUUAAAUACAAUUAAUAGAGAAGUAUAAACUUUAUACAUUAUACUGUUGUAUUAGUCGAAUUUGAUUGGUGGUCUAAAAUAACACCGGGAACCAUUAGAACUCGAAGAUAUUUUACUCACGAGGGAGAGGGGGGGGAAGGAAGAUGCAAUAUUUUCAAUAAUAUUCAUGCGAUAUUUCAAUAUACAAUUCGACAGAAAAAAAAAUAAAAAACUUUAAAGAAAAAUUAUUCAACUAGGUAUGACAAAUUUAUUGCCAUACUGAAAGCUAAGGGGGAGGGGCAAACGCCUCGUCUGGCGCCAAAUAUCCUACGGUUAAUAUUGUGGGGGCAGAACGGUUUAAUAGAAAUAUCGGUUUUGACAACGGGAUAAAACAUGAAACUUUAUUGAAUACGUAUAACGUGUAAUCGGUAGUCUCUUUUUACAUUUACCGUAGACGGGGGUAUAUUUUCUGACACGCGCGUGAUUGUUUUUAGAUCUGCAAGAAGCGGAAAAAUUCGUGGAGCAGUUGGACAACGAUUAUUCGGCGGUGGCCGUCGACUUGGCUGCGCAACAGAGGCCCGGCGCCGACCUGUUGUGGUACGACUAUGGCGGCGGCGGCGGCGGCAGUAACGUCGGGGUCGGCAGAGGCGGCGGCGGCGGCGGCGGUUAUUACGGCGGCGUCAGAUCUCCGGCGUCCGGGGUGGCGCCGGCCGCGUUGAUCGGCCCGGAAAAGCGCGGCGGCAGUCCGCAAUCGGGCGGCUUGUGGUUCGGGCCGCGGUUGGGCCGCAGGAAACGCCGCGGUGGCGGUGGGUCGAGUUUCAACAGCGGCUUUGUUCAGCCUCCGGACGGGAACGCCUUCGGGCCCGCCGCGACGCCGCAGGAAGCGAUGGCAGCGGCGGGCCUCUCGACGGCCGCCGGACAGGCCGUCGUGUCCGACCUGAUCUACAACGCUCCUUGGGUGCUCGUGCCCGUCGUCGAGAAUUCCCGUGAGUAACUGCACCGUCCGACGUGAUUACGCUUAAACGGGCCGCUGCGGAUGCGUCCCGCCGCAUUGUCCGCGUGCGGAUAACAUACGUACAACGACGUCUGGGGGCGACGUUCGAAAAAAAAACGCACUAUCGCCACAGAAACCUACAUAGUCAUUGUCCGGGGAGAACAUUGUCGUUCGGUUUCCGUUAGAAUAAUAAUAACAACGUGAUCUACGGAAAUACAGUCCGUUUUGAUAAAAAAAAAAAAAUCGCCCCUUUCGGUAUUCAUUUUCUAUUCAAUUCCGCGACGUCAUAUCAUUAUUUUUUUAACGCGGACAUCGCGUUUGGACUGCGAAUACCGGUCGGCGCUGCGUUUUCAGACGGCAGUCUGCGGCAGCGCCAAUCGAUCCCCCCGGUCCAAGUUCUGUUGUACAAAUUACAGUACGAAUCGAUAGUCGUCUGAUUAGAUUUCGGUACAUCCCGACGACAGUGGCGUUUCGCCGCUCGACAAUUCCGAUACGACCCGGCGUGUCGCGACGCGACGUGUUGUUCGUCGCGUUGCGCGGCGUGUAGCGAAACAAUAACUCGCGACACCGAAACCUUAUUAAGGCCUCGAGUGUUUUUUUUUUUUCCCCGUUUUCGUUUCACACCCUCCCGCACCGAUGGUCGAUCUCGCAUCAUCGUACACGACCGCACCGUAAAUUGUUAUUAUAACCGCACCCUAAUAAUGGGCCUAAUGAUCCCCUGACCGCCGCGGUAUCGUUCGCACAUACAGGGCGAUUCUAUUAUCGCCCGGCACUCAUUGUUUCAAAAAAAAAAAAAUACCGACUUUUUUUUUACCAACAACUUGCGUGAUUCGGGCGAUUUACACGCUUUUCUAUAAUAUUAUUGUACACGACUUUUAUUCAUUUUUUCUUGCCGCCCUUGUAUUUAAUACAGUAUCGAUUUUUGAUUUUCUAAUAGCGACCACACGCGUGUUCGAAAUUUCCCGCACCACACAUUUUUCCCUAAUGCAAACUUAAAAGUUAUCGAAUAUCUCGUCUACGGCCGGUUAACGGACAUCAAAAAUCUAUUUGUACGAAUACUUUUUCAAUUAUUGUGGGAUUUUUAAUACCUACGGGUCGUCAUUUGAAAAUCAAAAGCCGACAGUCGAUUCGACAAAGCGCGAAGAAAUAAAUAAGCGGGUAUCUAAAUAUUAAGGGGAAAAAAACCAAACGUUUUCGAAAAUCAAUACUUUUUUGAAACGACGAGCGUUCGACGACAAUAGAAUCAUCCUGUAUACGCACACUAAUAAUCAUAAGAUCAUCGCGUACACGAGCCGAAACUGUCGCGCCGCAGGCCCAGUCGUCGAGUCGUGCAGUACUCGCCCGAAUAUUAUUUUUUUUAGUACGGUGUCCCGAUGUUUUAGUACGGGCGAAUUUUCAUGGUUCCCCGGCGCGCAUCGCCGGAGACCCGAGUGCCGCGCGUCGCCCCGGUGUUUGCGGUCCAACGUCGGACGGAUCCGCGGGCGGGAAGGGCGUGCCGGACAGCCUCUCCUCCGGCGUACACUUCACUUGAAAUCGGUACGGCAAAACCCUCGACGGCGACGGCGACACGACGUGCAUACGACACCGUUAUCGUUUUUUUCAUUAUUUUUUUCUUCAGAUUCGGAGCGCGGCGAUGAACGUGUACUGGUUUUAUGAUUUUGCGUUUAUUUUUUUUUUUAUUUUCAUACUGCGAGCCACUUUUCUGCCGGAAAUACUACUCCGAUUGUCGAGUGUAACGCGUUUUACCGAAAGGAAAUUCUAUCCAGACGAUAGUUUCCAGAGGUCGUUUUUAUUAUUUUCCAAACGGUUUUCGUGAUAACCGGGAGAACGUACGUACGUACACGCGUUUAAAGACACCGGGUUCCGAAUCGUUUUUCGUUAGCGAUGAUUGAUCGUCGUCAAAUAAAAACGAAUGCAAAUCGCAUUGCCCGCUAUAUCCUACGUCUCCCCGGCGCGUCGCCUACACCAGAGGCCCGUCCACCGUGCGUAUAAAUGCGUCCGACUUCUUUUUCCGUAUAGGUUUUAAACGUUUUGAAAUCGGACUGCGCGUCGUUACACACACACGGUACUCCGCGAAAACCGCGGGUCGCGGAUAAGUCACGACGAUAUUUUCGCCGGGAUUUCGCCAACCGGACGCGCGUUGGGACGUUGGCCGUUAUCGACGACCGCAUGAUUAAUUACCCGUCGUGCGACAAUCGGCGCGAUUGCAGUAUUGCACCGUCGAAAUAUUUGAAAAACGCCGGGUCGUCAAUGGUAUUAUUUUUUUUUUUUUGCGGCGAAACAGAGCGGACAGGCAGUAGCGGACGGGCGAUAACGACGGGCGCGGUUUUUCUCUCUGGUUCCCGGGGGGUGGGGGGGGCGUUUCUGUAUUAUCGUUAUUAUUAUUUUUUUUUUAUCGUUAGAGUCAAAUCGACGUGCAGUGAUAACGAUAAUUAUAGCGACUAUACAUGGUAAACGGUCGACGAUGUUGUUACGCCGACGCGGGCAUACGAUCGUGUAUCAUAUACCCAUAUGUGCAGUAUACUGAACACAAAUUUAUGUCGUUAUAAUAUUUGACAUUGGGACAAAAGUACAAUGAAAAUCGAAUGAGUUAUUCCCGUUCCGAUCGCAGGUCUUAAACAAUUAUGUAUUACGACGUGUGUCUAUCCGAACGAAAUCGGAACAGAAAACUGCAGGACUUAAUAAUAAAUAAUUAAGAAAAAAUAAAAAUAGUAAACAAUAUCGCGCAUAGCGUUUUAGAUUAAUAUUGUUUGGGUUCGAAAAAUAUCCCGUGCUUUGUAUGUUAUCCUCGACUGUCCCGUUAAUAUUUUUCGAAAAUUUUUCAGUGUACAGCCAGCAGAUGAAGCAGAACGCGAGGAGCGGUAGAUCGUCGUCGGAAGACGGCGACGACUGGACCCCCUACCCGUCGUCCCGGCACGCGGCCAGAUCGCCGCCGUACUCGCCGCGUUUGGGCCGGCAGACGACCGUGACCGGGCCGCAAGUGCCCAGACUGGGCCGCGAAGCGUUCGCGUACCGGCGGGACGCCAGGGGCGUGUUGUACCAGCAACCGAACGGCAAGCCGCAGCUCCGGCGACAACAGCAGGCCGCCGCCGCCGCCGCCGCCUCAGUGCCGAUCGCCACUGAACCGAUGGCGACCGCGGCCGAGGGCGCGGCGCGGGGCGCGGAUCGCACCGCGUAGACCGCGUCGUCGAGCGGGCGGCUAUAUCGUAUUUCGGGCUGACGGAGAAAAAAAAACACACAAAAAAAAAAAAAAAAAAAAAGCCGAAAAUCUCGUCGCGUAGCGUAGUCGGUAAUUUUCGUAGUUGGCGUGAUCGUUUUCGUAACGGACGCGAUAUUGUUAUUUAUUAUUGCUGUUAUAAUAUUCUCGGGGCACCGCUGCAUUCGAUCUUAAACACUGUACCGAAAUAUCGCGUGCCACGCACACUGCACACUGUUCCGGCGGUAAACUAUGUUGUCAACCCGAUCGUCUGUAACAUAACAUGUGACGCGCACUUUACAAUGUCGCGUGUACGUGUCGUGCCGGCGUUUCGCGCGACCCUGUAAACGUACACGCGUCCGAUUAUAUUAUACGCAG